AUGUUCUCCCACUUUCUCCCAAAUCCCCAACCACAACCACCCUCUCCAACUCCAAGUUCUCUUCUUCCAUCAAUUCACCACUCUUCAAGACCCCCCCACUUGCCCCUUCUUCAAAACUCCACUGAAAGGUUUUCCUUUUCCAGUAUUCAGAGGCCUAGAAGAGUGAAGAAGCACAAGCGUGGCUUCAGAAGCAUGCGUUCGGAACCUCUCUUCCCAGUUCCACUUUUCCAUUCCAGACUCAAAGCAUUCUUCAAAAAUUCUUCUUCUUCUUCUUCUUGCAAGGUGAGGUUCUUCAUGACUUGGAUUUCUCCCUUGAAAGCAUUUGGUGAGAGGAAGUUAUUCUCUAUAGAGAGCUUGUUCGGGUCUCACCCUGAAGCAUGUUUGGUCAUAGUGUCAAAGUCCCUUGACUCUGACGCUGGAACUCAGAUUCUGAAACUAUUUGUGAGCAAUGGUUUCAAAUUCAUGGCUGUUGCUCCAGAUUUUGGUUACAUAUUCAAGAACACACAUGCUGAAACAUGGUUCAACCGUUUGAAGGAAGGGAAUGUGGAUCCUGGUGAAGUCUCUCUGGGGCAAAACCUCUCCAAUUUGCUUAGGCUUGCACUCUUGUACAAGUUUGGAGGCACAUACAUAGACUUAGAUGUCGUGGUCUUGAAGAGUUUCUCCAAGCUGAGGAACACCAUUGGGGGGCACAGAACUUUGAUGUCAAAACCGGCUAGUGGAGCAGCUUGAACAAUGCGGUGUUGAUAUUUGACAAGAAAAACGGCUAUGAAGCUCUAGUAUUCAAAUUUCAGUAGCAAAAUUCUUUGGAUAUAU